UCGGUUUUCUACCAGCCAACAGUGUAUAAAUUGACGUGCUUGACGUCCGGAGAGAUACGGAGCGAAGGCCUUCACAUCAGUUUCUAUUUCCCAAAAACCCACGCUCAGAGGGAAAAGUAGCCAACUUGCAAGAUGCCUCAAAACUGGAGACUUCGUCGAUAUGUUGCUCUGAUCACCCUUCUUAGCAUUGGUAAUGCUGAGGAUCCUCUUGGUAAUGCUGAGGAUCCUCUCUUCCACUGUCUGCAUGACCCUGAUUAUUGUGAACUUCUGGCCAUUAUAAAGCAUGGCCUGCCUCCUCCUCAGAGGCCUCUGCAUGUGGCUAUAAUUGGGGCAGGCAUGGCUGGACUGACUGCAGCAAAGGUUUUGGAGGAUGCUGGACAUAAGGUGACAAUCAUUGAGGCCAGUCCUCGAAUAGGUGGCCGAGUGGAGACCUAUAGGAAUGAGAGUGAGGGCUGGUAUGCUGAAAUGGGAGCCAUGCGGAUCCCAAGUAUGCACAAAAUUCUACUAGCACUUGUGGACAAAUUCGGCCUUCUGUUGAAUACUUUUAUUGAAGAGAACAUCAACACAUUUUACUAUGUCAAUGGAUUGCUUGAAAGAACCUACAAAGUGCAACACAACCCAAAUGUGCUACAGUACCAUGUGUCUGAGAGUGAAUGUGGAAAAUCAGCUGAACAACUUUUCAGCCAAGCACUUCAAAAGAUUAGUGAGGACGUUAAAAGAGAAGGUUGCAAAAAAGCACUGAAGAAAUACGACUCUUUUUCUGUAAAGGAAUACCUGGUGAAAGAGACUAACCUGAGCAGUGGGGCUCUGCGCAUGAUUGGAGACAUCCUGAAUGAGAACAGCUUUUUCUAUACGUCGUUGAUAGAGGCACUGUAUCUGCAGUCUGAUAUACAGGACAAGAUUGUGUAUAAGGAACUUGUGGGUGGUUUUGACACACUCCCGAAUGCAUUUUAUGAAGCUCUCCAUUGCCCAAUUCUUCUAAACUCGAAAGUCAAACGCAUAACCCAAUCACGAAGUGGGGCCACUGUGUACUAUCAAGACUCACACCAGCCCCCCUCUCUGUCCCAUGUCACUGCUGAUUAUGUCCUUGUCACUGCAACAGCCAAAGCCACUCUGUUCAUUGAGUUUGAGCCGCGGUUGUCGGACAUUAAGAUGGAGGCGCUGCGCUCCGUGCACUACUCCAGCUCCACCAAGGUGGUGCUCAGCUUCAACGACAAAUUCUGGGAAAGUGACGGAAUCUACGGCGGAAGGUCCAUAACAGACCGGCCGGCGCGGUUCAUCUACUACCCGAGCCACGGCUUCUCUGGGAAGGGCGGGGCGCUGCUGGCGUCCUACACCUGCUCCGAUGACGCCAGUCUCCUAGACGGGAUCAGGGAUGAGGACCUGAUGCGGCUGAUGCUCGAUGACUUGGUGAAGAUUCACGGGGAGGGCAUCCGGAGCAAGUGGACGGGGGGUGUGGUGAAAAAGUGGGAUCUGGACCCGUACAGCCUGGGGGCCUUUGCCAUCUUCACACCCUACCAGAAGACGCACUACGCCUCCGCGCUGUUCCAGAGUGAGAAAAGGAUUCACUUUGCAGGCGAGCACACGGCGCUGCCCCACGGCUGGAUAGAGACCUCCAUGAAGUCUGCCCUAAGAGCUGCUAAAAACAUCAACGCGCUGGCUGUUAAAGCGACAUGAUCCUCACACAAAUUUGUGCUGCACUGCAGGGUCAUUCAAUGGUGCUAGGUCAGAAGUCUUGCUGGAAUUACCUGUAUUGGUGCAGUUUAGGGUAAUAAUAGCAUGUUUUGUUAAUUUAUUGAAACUUUAAUACUCCGUUUGUGUCAGGCUAUGAAAUGGUCUGUCAGACACAGCUGAAAUCUCAUCUCAAAGAUGAUUUAUCCAGUUUGCUGUGGUGAGGUAGAGUUUAAUUCAAGUGAUCAGGAUUUGCAGAUGUGUCACAAAUGUGUAUGAUUCUUCAUUAGCAUAUUAACAUAUAUAACAUAGAAUAGCAGUAUGUUUGGAUGAGGAAGAAUGAACACUGAAAAGUGCACACUGUCUGAUGCAUGGCAAUAACUAGGUGAUACCCAAGGCCUAUUUUGCAUAUAAAGGGUAGAGUCAUUCAAAUAUUUGGAAAUCCUUGGAGAAAACAUCACACUGUCCAUAGAAACCAAUAGAAAUGUAAAGUGAGUAAACUUGAGUGUGUUUCUCAGGAAUGCUACCACAGCUGGUGUCUGAUUUAGUACUGGAUUUUAACAAUGAAAGGUGUGCUUUUAUUAGACUUGUGUGUUUUACCCAGAUACAGUAGUGGGAUAUAAAUCCCAUUUCAGUUUCAAAGGUUAAAGAAAUGCAAGUGAGUGUCAUGGUACGUAUGCCCAGAUGACAAUCACUCAACCUGGGUUUGAUUCCCGAACAGGCCUUAUUUUAUUGUGUUAUGAUAAUUUUGUAAAUUUGUUCUGCAAGCUAACUUUGCUCUCUGUCUGACACCAAUGUCAGAAUGAACUGAAUUGUGUUCUGAUUUCUUUUACUUUGUUUUGUGAAAUCUCCAUGAGCUUGUUUAAACAAUGAUAAAAACACCAACUG